AUGCAGUCAGAAGGGAUGGGUAAUAUAGUGAACAGCUCAGGUACAAUCAACCGUCAACAAAAAGAGGCUGAUGACAAGAAGUGUGAAGCGGCGGAUGAAGAAAUCGAGAAACAACCCAGCCAAUCAAGCAUCUUGGUGGUAGUGGUAGCGGAAAUAGCAUGGGUGGUAUUGGAAGCAUUUCUACCAUUGGAAAUCAUAGUUGGCAUGCUUCUCGUGAUGGGGAAUGCUCAGGACUUUAUCCACAAAGCCAGCCAUGGCUGGCCGAAGCACAUCGAUAACGACGUUUGGGAUGUGGCCAUGGAAAGACGGGACAAGAAGCUCAUGGAGAUGCUAUCCUCUUCUUCUACUCCUAAUUAACAAUCUAACUCAGGAAGCACUAUGACCUAUCGGUGAAUUUUUGGAUCUCUUCAUGUUUUGCAAGCAUUGAAGUUGUAAGCAGACAAGUUGAAUUGUUGUCUUCCUUUUGCAGCUCACUUUAAGCUUUUGAACUAAAAAA